GGAUAAGUGACGUCACGAGCCGGAAGGGUGUCGUGGAAGCUGGAGAGAUUGCUCUGCGGGUAGAAAUCGGCGAGCGAGGACCUACAGUUUACAAUUUCACUUCCCUGUCCUUAUGGCAUUCCGACUUUUUCUGGUGUGUUCCAUCUUGGGACUCGGACUUGCAGUACCCAUAGAACGAGCCACUCCAAAGAAAGAAGCAGAACCACCUCCAGAGCCAGCUGACACGGGUCUCUUCUAUGACCGUUACUUGCAAGAGAUAAUCAAUGUGCUGGAGACAGAUGGCCAUUUCCGGGAGAAGCUCCAGGCAGCUAAUGCUGAGGACAUAAAGAGUGGUAAAUUAAGCAAAGAGUUGGAUUUUGUCAGUCACCAUGUCCGGACCAGGCUGGAUGAGCUAAAGAGGCAGGAGAUAUCCCGACUGCGAAUGUUGAUCAAGGCAAGGAUGGAUGCAACAAUGGAAGAAAAUGUCCAGAUUGACCACCUGGCAUUACUGAAGCAGUUUGAGCACCUGGAUCCUCAGAAUCAGCAUACCUUUGAGGCCCGUGAUCUGGAACUUCUUAUUCAGGCAGCCACCAAGGACUUGGAAAACUACGAUGCUGCUCGCCACGAGGAGUUCAAACGAUACGAGAUGCUGAAGGAGCACGAGAGAAGGGAAUACCUCAAAUCCCUGGAUGAGGAGAAGAGGAAAGAGGAAGAAGCUCGCUACGAGGAGCUGAAAAAGAAACACAAGGAGCACCCAAAAAUUAAUGUACCAGGAAGCAUGGAUCAGUUGAAGGAAGUUUGGGAAGAAGCUGAUGGCCUUGAUCCCAAUGACUUUAACCCCAAAACCUUCUUCAAGUUACACGAUACCAAUGGAGAUGGAGUACUGGAUGAGCUGGAGCUGGAGGCCCUUUUCACAAAGGAGCUGGAAAAAGUCUACGACCCCAAGAAUGAAGAAGAUGAUAUGGUGGAGAUGGAAGAGGAGCGGCUACGAAUGAGAGAGCAUGUCAUGAAAAACGUGGAUGUAAAUCAUGAUCGUUUGGUCACAUUGGAGGAAUUCAUAAAAUCUACAGAAAGGAAGGAUAUCAAUGAGCCUGAUGGAUGGGCGACCGUGGAUGAAACUCAAAUGUACACAGAGGAAGAGCUACGCAAGUUUGAGCAAGAGUUAUCAGAGCAGGAAGCGGUCUUGAAGCAGCAAGCUGAGAAACUCCGCCAGGAACAUGAAGACUUACAGCAGAGGCAGAUAGAACUUGAUGCACAGAAGAAGGAAUACCAGCAGGCUGUCAUGCAUAUGGAACAGAAAAAGUCCCAGCAAGCAGCUGCAGGUCCAAACGGUGAGCUGAAGUUUCAGGGAGAAGCACCUCAUCCAGCAGAUGACAAAGCUAAAGUAGAAGAACCCCAUCCUAAUUCUAACAUUCACGGUGAAGCCCCAUCUGAAGACAAGGUCCACAAAGAACCAGAGCUUCAUCACGAACAGCCAGCUCAUCCAGACCAAUAAUAAGAGAGGACAGAAGAGAGGCCAAGUAGCAGAAACAAUAAAACAAAACCAUUUUUGGCACUCUUUUUAAUUCUAGAAGUGAGCUCUCCUGCAUGGCCAUCUCCUUGUUCUCCAAAAUAUCAAAUUUAAGGGAUGUGCAAUCAGCCUCUGAGUAAAUCUCUCACAUUGGGAAUCAGGCUUUUUGUUUUCAAAAAACAAAUCUUAAAGAUACGUUUUUAUGAAAGAUAAGCGAAUGAGGGAAUGGGGUGGGGGGAGGGUUUAGUGAUUUACUAGUGAUUUUAAGGUAUCCUCUAGUUCAGGCUUCCCCAAACUCCGGCCCUCCAGAUGUUGCUGAACUACAACUCCCAUGAUUCUCAGCCUAUCUAUUUCCUUCAUAGAAUCAUGGGAGUUGUAGUUCAGCAACAUCUGGAGGGCCGGAGUUUGGGGAAGCCUGCUCUAGGCUGUGCCAUUUUAAGUCAGCCUCACAUUGCCACAGCAAAGCAUUUGAUGGCUCAUACCAAAUAACUGCUUUGUUACAACUCUUUGCUAUACAGUAAAUUAUAUAUGCUGUUUUGGUAGCAAUUUAUAUAUUACAUGUGAAUGUGAUGCUAGCUAGGAAAUUGACUUCUCCCUUUUACUUUCCCGUGUUUUGGAGGGGACAAUUAACCACCUUUCAUACAGCUCUGAUUCCCAUAUCUCUGAACAACCUGUAAUUUGAACCUGUCAGAUGCUGAUUUCUUCAACGGAAACUGAUUUUACAUUAAAUAGGGGUUUAACAAUAAUGUCCAAAAAAGUAAUAUCUAACUGGGGGGGACAUCACAGGAACAUUUUAGACCUGUUUUAUUCUUCUAAGGAUUCAAACUCCUAUUCAGUCCUCUGCCAGAUGAGGUGGACUGAACGGGAGUGGGAGUCCUUUUAAGGAAUAUAUAAUUAUUGAAGUAGGUUUCACAUAAAUGGUCUCUAUGUUGUGUUAAUAUUUUUUAAACCAACACAGUAUUUGAAUUCGACCUUAACACCAAUGCACCUUUACACUAUUAACUCUAAUACUUCCCAGCAUGCAGUUAGAUUCUUCCUGAUUGGUCGGUUGUCCUAUUUAGUUUAGUAAUUGGUGCAAUUCAUAGGAGAAAAAGGUUAUUUUAGGUUCAUGUCCUUUACCGUAUCAUGAAUUUAAAUACAGCAGUGGAACUUUAUACAAAUGUUUUUUUUUUUUGUUGUUUUUUUUUAACGCUAUUAAAAAUUAUAACAUAUAUACCAA